CAUUUCUCAGCUGUCAUACCUACUGAAGCUUCUCUUGCUGUUGCUGACAUCCUUACAUUAUUAUAUUACACAAAAAUUCAACCCUCUCUCUCUCUCUCUCUUUCUCUCUCCAGGUCAUCGAUAAUUAUAGCGUUACUACACUGAUUCCACCACCACCACCACCGCCACCACCUUCAGGCUCCAGAAGCAUCGAAAGACUAUGGACCUCCAGUUCGCCGGAAGACCGGUUGCCGGCCCGUACUCACUUCGGACCGAUAUAGACCAUAUGCCGGACACCCCAAAACGCGGGGCCCAUCACCGCAGGGCCCACUCCGAGACUUUCUUCCGCUUCCCGGACGACAUACUCUUGGACACCGACGUCGAUAUCAACCUCUCCGCCUUUGAUUUCGUCCCCGACGUCGCCGGUGGCAGUGACAACAAUAGCAACAGCAACAGCAACAACGGCAACAACAACGUCGGUAGCAUCCCCAUGGCCGUUGAUUCCUCCAAGCCCGACGAAUCGAGCGGCGCCGAUAGGGCCAGGGCUAAGCCCUUGGGCGCCGCCGGUCAUUUCAGGAGCUUGUCCGUGGACGCUGAUUUCUUCGAUGGUCUAGGGUUCACGGCCGGCGGCGCCGUCGAUGGCAGUGACUCAGAGAGGUUCGGCGGGAAAUCGGUGAUGGAGAAGAGGGGGCCUCAUCAUAGGCAUAGCAAUUCGAUGGACGGAUCUAUGUCGUCGUUUGAGGCGGAUUCUAUGAUGUUAAUUGAUGGUGUCAAGAAAGCCAUGGGUCCUGAUAGGCUCGCCGAGCUUGCUUUGAUUGAUCCGAAGAGAGCCAAAAGGAUUCUUGCGAAUAGACAAUCUGCAGCGCGCUCAAAGGAGAGGAAAAUACGCUAUACUAGUGAGCUUGAGAGGAAGGUGCAAACACUUCAGACAGAAGCAACCACCCUCUCUGCACAGGUCACAAUGCUGCAGCGAGACACAACUGGGUUGACGGUUGAAAAUAAGGAACUCAAACUACGGUUACAAGCUAUGGAGCAGCAAGCACAUCUUAGAGAUGCGCUUAAUGAAGCACUGAGGGAGGAAGUGCAGCGACUCAAGAUAGCAACAGGUCAAACGCAGGCUGUCAAUGGGAACAGCUUUAGCAGAGGGCUGCCACCUCAAUAUUCUUCCCACCACCCACAGGCAUACUUCAGUGGCCAACAAACUCAGCAACAGCAGCUUCAUGUGCCUCAGUCAUCCCCCAACAACCAGGCUGUCAACGGGCAUCCCCAACCCACCUUCUUGGAUUUCAAUCAAAGGGUUUAAUGACAGUCAAUAUAUCUCUUUGGCAGGAAUCUAGUGCUUGAAAAAUGAAAGUAAUUCAUCCUAGGUAGCAUCUUGUACAUAUGUAUAUGUAUUUGCAGCUAGAGUUGAUCAAAAGGACUGCAGAUCAGUUCCUUGUUAUCUUUACACUAUGGUUAUGUUAGUUGGGAUUGAAAUUAUGCUGCAUUAAAAUUGAAUCUUAUUGGAACGUUUUGUAGGUGGGUUGUCAAUUGUAUAACAAAUCUGCUUUUGGAGCCUGGUGUAAUCAUACUGAACGAUUGUAUGUGUAAGCCUGUUAAUGUGACUUUAUUGUAUGAAUUUUUUGUGGGCA